ACCGGCGGUAAAACAGCUCUAAAUUGUGUGGACAAUUAAGUGUGUGUGUGUGUUGUGUUAGUGAAAAAUGUAAUUUGUGAAAAGUGUUUCCUGAAAUAAAAUUAAGUGACUUUCACUGUAGUUGUCAAUUUUUUUAUUUUUCGAAGAAAAACAAAAACAAAGAAAUUAUUAAAAAACAUACAUCUCCCCCCAAAAAAUAUAAUAAUUUAUAAUGAAAAGCGAGAAUCUCCAUUAGCAACUUCACUACCAUUCAUAUUCUCAUCAGAAAUCAACGAAUAUGAAGAAAACAAAAAACAAAAGUCAAUAAACAUGACAAACAAUCAAGUUAUAAUGGCAACAACAACAACUACAAAAGCAACGGCAGCAACAACAAAAGCGAGAACAAAACCAAGUCUGUGGGCCAAUAACAACGACAACAAUAACAGCAACGACAAUGGCAUAGGGAAAAAGUUCUUGCAGGAUGCUGUAAAAUAAACAGCAUCCUUUUUUUGCACACAACCAAAGGGAAGCAAGAGCAGUAAAUGAAACAGUUUUUGGCCAAUGGGAGUGCACUAAACUCAAAUAAAGAGAGUAAAUCUGUUGAGAGACUCUUUCUCUUGCUUGAAAUCAGUGCCUGUGAAUGUUAACGGCAAUGUAAACAAAACAUAAACAAUAACCCAUACAACAGUGUUACGUAUUUCUCUCUCCCGCUUUACAUUACAUUUCUCCAUUUAAAGUAACGGAGUAAGAGAACUCACAAAACCAAACAGAGAGUGAGUGCCUGAGAGCAGCAAAAAUGUAGUAAGUGAAAGUGUAUUUGUUUGCAGAUUGUUGUGGCAUCGAAAAAUAGUGGAAAAAUAUAACAAAAACAACAAACAUUUUAUUACCACAAUAUGUUUGUUUGUGUGUGUGCUUGUACUUGGCUGGUAAACUACAACCACUAAAAAUGAGUUGUUGUUGAAAAUUUCUUGAAUUAUUGCCAAAACUAAAACGAAAAUAAAAAUCAACCACUCUACUUAGGAGAACGACAUUCUCAAUUCUCAGCAUCCCAGUACAAGAAGAAUUUGUCUUGGCAUUUUUCUAACGGCUCGGAAAAGUCUGCAAUGUUAUCUAUGCCAUCAUUAAUAUUGAAAUAAGACAAACACUCACUCACACAAAUACCACAGAUCAAUGACCCACAUUGUCAGUAUUCUCGUUGUCUUCUUCCUCCACCUUCCCCAGAACAUCAUCAGCAUCAUCGGGGAAAAAGCAACAACAACCACAACAACAAGGAAUUAAGCGGCAAAAGCAAAACCUCAUCAAAAACAGGAAUUUUUUUAAAGGACUAGAACCAACUCAGUACCAAAACUUUAGCGCCAAAUUGAUUAUAAUUGCAAAUGAAUGCGUCCUUAACGACCAAUUGAGCUGAACCGAAACCUGUAUCGAAGAUGAAAGGGAUGUGAAUGGAAACGAUGAUGGUUUCCAAAUAAAAUGCCAAAUACAAAAGUCCCAAGUGGUCGUCCAGCAGACGACACUCAUUAAAAUUAUAGAAAAAAAAAACAGCAGCAUUGUAGCGGAGAGCAGACCUCAAAUAAUUAUUAUCAUCAUCACCAUCACAACCAACAGCAUCCAGUCCAACUUAGCCCAUACUCAUCAUCAUGACAUCCGAAACUUAUUUGGAUUUAACUUUUGAAAGGGUGGCCAAAACCACAGUUGGAGGAGGAGGAGGUGGGGUUGGUAGUGGCGGCAUUGGAGUUAACAUUUCUGCCAUGGCUGGUGGUGGCGGUGGUGGUAGUGGUGCUGGUGGCAAUGGUAGUGUAGGAGGAGGAGGUACCGGCAGUACCACAACGCCACUGGGUCCUGGCAAACGUCCAAUUAGACCAAAAUUAUUAAAAUUAAGUGACAUUACCGUACCGCAUCGCAAUCGCAAGAAAACCAAAACAAAGUCGAAAGAACGCUCCGUGUCUUCGGUAAGGGAUCGCAUUUACGAUGACCCAGCCUACACGGAGGACAUAAGUCACUUGGCAAACCCACUGCGUCGCAGCAGUUGUACCACAGAAACUUUAACCUCCAUGGCUGCCAAGGGUAUGAUGGUGGGGAACAUGGGAAGCGGUAGCAGUUCAUUAGGAAAACGAAGCAAAUUGACGAAAGAAUUUCAAAAACUGGCCCAAGAAGAUAUUGGCCACAUAGCCUAUAGUAGCUCGGAAGAUGAUUUACGUUAUAUACGACCGACAUCGGCACGAUCUGAUGCUAUGGGUGGCGGCGGUGGUGGUCGUGGACGUAGUUUGGAGAGAAGUAAAGGAUUUGAGAGAAAUGAUCACCUUGGUGUGCCAGGGGCACCAGGAGGAGUGGGUUUGCCAGCAGAUAAACCGGAAAUGAAACGUCGCUCGGAGAAAAAAUCAACGAAACAAAAACGAAAUUUAAGUUUGGACAAUAAGGUGAUGCAGUUGCAACAACAAAUGCAGCAGCAGCAAGCUGCGGAGGCUAAGGAUGAGGAUCGGGGUCUAGAUGAACCUCCGGAACUGCCACAACGCCUGGCCUUAACCCGUUACAAUUUGGGAAAGCAACGCAGCGAUGAGGCCAACUGGCAGAGACAACCACCCGAAUAUCCCUUGGAUCAGGAUGAGGUCUUCUCCAUGCAUAGCUCGGCCAAGGAGAAUAUCAGUGUGGCGGCCUCCACAACGGCAGCAUCAGUGAGCAAUGCCAGCACCUCGAAAAUGCACAUGGGUAGACGUUUCCUCAAGGGUGAAAUUGGCAUUAAAAGUUUCAAUUAUUAUCUGCUGAAAGAGGGCCUCAAGUCCUCCAAGAAAUUUGUAGAAAAGCAGAAGAGUACUUUUCAGACCCACCAAUCAAUACCGGUUACCCAGCAGGUGGCCACCGCCGUAUUGCAGCAAUCGGCCAGUCAAUUGCCUGCCAAACCCAAACCAAUUGAUAAAAGUGAGGAGAAUAUCUAUGAGGAGAUAUUCUUUAAGGAUACACCACCCAGUGAUGAGGACGAGAACCAAAAUCCGGCAAAAACUGGUGGUGGUGGUGGGAAGCAGGCUAAUACCAAUAACAGUGGUAUGGGUCCGGGUGGGGCACAAUGUCAAGAAUCCAUGUAUGCCGAUUGUGAGCUGUGCAUGCAACAGCAGUGCGACAAGGCUGAUUGUGAGUAUUGCCUGGCAGCGGAGGGAACAGGGGGUCAAGUUGUAAAUACCCGAAAUGCCACGGUACAAACUCAAAAUAUGUCAAGCAAUAAAAUGAUUGGAAGCCGUUCCAAUACUUCGGGAAGUUUGAACAAUAACUCGGCGGCGACCAUGCGUAGUUCCUUGGAGAAUCAAAUGAGUGGCACCUCGGCUCCUAUUUUGGAAUUCCAGUCUUAUAAUCCCAACAAUCCAGGGGUGUACAAAAUCGAAACCACCCCCGUAGCCAUCACCGGGGAUUUCAAUCCAAUUUUACAAUUCCAACAACCGAAUAUGGCUCAGAUGCCGCCACAGCAAUCGACCUCCACCACCAGUACGGCCACAACGACACCUAGUGAACAUCAUCAACAUCAUCACGGGCAGCACCAGCAGCACUCUCAGCAACAAGGGCAGGGUCAGUUGGCAAUUCAUGGCUCCUCGCUAAUGGGCAGCCAACAUGGUAUCCAGCAGCAAUUUUUUGCCUACAAACAACCUGGGAACCUCUAUAAUCCUGGGGGCCAACAGACGGCAUUUUGGACCCAGGCUACGGGGCCAGUUGGAGGCGGCAGGCCCCGCACCUACUUGGUGGGUCACAUCCCAGGAGCCGUGAACUCUAUGCAGCGAAUGAAUACCAAAUCCAGUUCUUCCAGCGACUCGCUGCAGCAUCCCCAGAAAUUCAAUACCUUUACCCACAUGGAUGCAGGAUUCUACAACAGCGCUAAUGCCAAUCCUUUGCUAGGAACGGGGGGUAAUAAUGGAGGCAAUUAUUUCCCACCCCAGCCACUACAACCCCUCAUGUAUGCUGCCAGUCGCCGUUUGGGAGGCUCACAAAUUUUGAUGGACAACUCUGGAGGCCUGGGAGAGGUGCCACCUCAAAUCUAUAAAUCCGAUUCGAGGGCAUCCAUCUUGAGUGAAUACUCCCUGUCCAGGAGUAGCGAUACAUAUUAUGGAGGCCUGGGGCCACGCUAUGGUAGUGGACGUCAUUAUCCCAGUGGGCAUAUGGCUGAGCCGCAAUUUGAAAACUCUCUCAUGGCUUCUUAUGCCGCGCCCGGACAGAGGCGUUACUUUGGCAGUGCCGAGAGUUGUCGCUUUGGCUAUGACUGUCGUCGUUGCAGUUUGGACAGUGGCCCAGGAGGGGGAAAUCUCUUCGGUAAUCAUCGGGGUUCGAUUACGGCCCACAGCAAUGGUGGGGGUGGUGUUGGUCCACCACCUCCUGCGGCCCCUCCUCAAACGGGUCCAAAUGAAAAAUGCAAUUAUUCCGAUCAGUGUCGUUAUGACUGUCGCAACUGUGACUGUUCCUCCAACUAUUUCUCCUCUGAUUUCGAUGACAUCUACAGUGGUGGAGGAAUACCGCGUAAGACCGCCAAAGGUACCCUACCCUCCACUGGGGGCCAGCCACCACCUGGGGCGCUGGAAGAUUUCGAUAUGGCCGCCAAUGUGGAACGUCAACAGGCCUUGAAGCAAAAUAAAUAUGCCCAGGACUUUUUCAAGCAUGUCAAUGAUGUAAAACGCAGCAUCUAUCAGGCCGAGAUGCAAAGGAACGGCAACAUGGAGUCCAUGAGUCCCAAAAAGUCACAGAAGAAAGAAAACAAAGAAAAGGAAAAUAUGCCUACUGGAGUGGCCACUCUACCGCUGACCAAGGAACGCAGCCCCAAACCCACACCAGCACCCAGGACCAGUUUGCAACAAAACGCAACCACUCCACAGCCUCUGCAGCGGAAACUGCAACCGGAAAAUUUGCGCAACAAUGAAAAACCCGAUUAUGCCUCUCUGGAUCGUUUGGUGGCCAGCAGCAAUACGGGAGCCAUACCCAAGACCACCAAUCAACGAUCCUCGACCAGUCCACAUCAGAGUCCCAAAUCCGGUGGGAAGUCGACCGAACAAUAUCUCAGCCUGGAGCCGCCGGAAGAGAAACGUCACAGCAAGAAACACUCCAAGGAAAUGAAAACUUCAUCGCUCACCGCUGCCCAUAGGCGCAAGGAGAUGCCAGCCCCGCCGCCACCCUCACCGGCCACCUAUGCCGAUUUGCAGGAGCUGCAACAAAACAUGGCCGAUACAAUGCGCGAUGACACAAAACUCGAAAGGAAACGGAAAACCAAGACCACAGACAAUGAGAUAUCGCCAACGAGGCAGGCAAACAAAGACAAUCAAAGAGAAAUGAAAACAAUGGAAGCGACAGCAACUCCGGUUGAAGAGGCACGGCAGCAGCAGGAAACAAGUAACAUGGAAAACAAGUUAUCAGCAGGCAAAACUUCAAACAGCUCCACAACUAAGCCUGACGAGACAGAAGAAUCGCAGUCAUUGCUCCCGGUUACGGCCAGUGAAGGACCUCCUACACCCAGUAAACGGGCCCACACACCACCCACAAAUACCACUCCCCAACAGCAGCAGCAACUAACUGCAUCCACAUCCACAUUUAUGUCAGUGACAUCUGUUUCCUCACUUACUCCCCUCACCGGCUCCGAUUCACGUGAACAACGUGACCAAACCGAGGAUGAAGACGUGUUCUAUGAUGCACGCAGUGAGGACUCAGCUUGUACGGCUGCCAGUUGUAGUGGCGGUGGUGGUGGCUCCACGGCAUCACAUUUGACAUCGUCGCAACAGAAGGAGGAUGAGGUGGAGAAGAAGAAGGAGCAGAAGCAGAAUGCCUCCACCAAAGUUACCGACACUUUGUCGUCUUCUGCUUCUGCGGAAACUAAACAUCAACCAUCACAGCAGCUCCAGCAGCAGCAGCAACAGGAAACCUAA